AUGGAAGCGGCGCUGCGGCGGCGCCUGGACCAGCGCCGUGGACGUGCUCGAGCGGACGUGGACACAGAAGGGAGCACAUCAGAAGCAGACCGCACUCCCCUGCAAAGCGAAUCCGCCAGCGUCUCCGUCCACAUCUACGAUGUGACGGGUAACGGUGCAGUUCAGCAGCUCAAUCAGGUUUUCCGGGCAGCUGGCACCGGUGCCUUCCAUGCAGGUGUCGAAGUCUAUGGUCGAGAGUACAGUUUCGGCUACUGCGAUGGAGGCUCUGGGAUCUUCGACUGUGAGCCGAAGGAGUGCAGCAGCCACAGCUACCGCGAGGCAGUUGACAUGGGCUUUACGGCUCUCAGUUCCGACGAGGUGAGGUCCGUCCUUGGCAGGCUGGCCUUGGACUGGCCGGGCACCGGAUACGAUCUUCUCCGCAGGAACUGCUGCAGCUUCUGCAACGUCCUCUGCAUCGAGCUGGGUGUGGGGCCGAUGCCAGCCUGGGUCUCGAACCUGGCAGCUGCCGGCGCAUCCCUCAGCGACGCUGCAGAAAACCUGAGGCGGCGGGCUGCAGAGGUAGGCAGCGACCUUCAUCUUCAGGCUCCAGCUGCAGAGGAGAUUGCAACGAAGCCCAGAUGA